GUGUCAAAGCGCCGGUGACUGUUCUUAUUGAGCUUGUGAUUGACUGGUUGUUGCAGGUAGUCCGUAGUCGAAGUCGUGUUUACUCUUUAGUUCGAUAAAAUGGUUUCUAAACUAUUGGUCAUUUUUGACUUUGACCACACAAUCGUUGAUGGCAACACGGACACUUGGAUUACAAAAUUAUGUGAUGAGGUAAAACAUCUACAAAAUAAUAAAGAUGUAUGUUGGACUGAUAGAAUGGCUGCGGUAUUUCAUUCACUACACGAGAAGAAGUUUACAAAAUCGGACUUUGAAAAAUGUCUUCAAAGUUUACCUUUUACUGAAGGAAUGAAAGAAUUGCUUGGUUAUAUCACCUGUCAUGAUAUUGAGUGCGUUAUUAUAUCAGAUUCCAAUUCCUUCUUUAUUGAGUACUUAUUAGAGUUUGGUAAUAUUACUCAGUCUGUCAGAGAAGUAUAUACCAACCCUGCAAAGUGGUCUGAUUCCCAGCUUUUAAACAUUUCUCAUUACCACACUCACAAUUGUGGUCAAUGUGCAGCUAAUAUGUGUAAAGGAGAUGUACUGAAGUCAUACAUCAGAGAUACUGAUUCUUUUGAGAAAACUAUUCUGUACAUUGGUGAUGGUCGAAAUGAUUACUGUGCAACAUUACAGAUGAAACCCAGUGAUUAUGUGUUUCCAAGAGAAGGGUAUACUUUAAUGAAACUACUUCAAGAGAAUGUUCAAAAUGCUCAACCAAAAGUCAUCCCUUGGAAAAAUGGCUUUGAUAUUUUAACAACAAUGAAAAGCAUUGUUGAGGAACAGCAGUGAAUUAUAUUCAAACGGUUAUUUAAUAAUAAUAAAUCACACUUGUGAAAAUGUUAUUGUUUACACCAGAGAAUGAUAGAAAU